AUGCUCACGAGGGACGCUGAAUCGCUCAAACGCCUCCUUAACGAUAAAUUCAAUUACCCUAAAGCGAAUGUUGUCUUGAUGAAGAAUGAUGUGAAGGUCCCAAAAGAUCUCUGGCCCUCACGGGACAACAUACUCAAGGAAAUCACUCAAUUAGUUACAAGUGCAUCCGCAAAUGACUAUUGUUUCUUUUAUUCCUUCGAGACAGAUUCAGGCAGCUGGGUCUUUUUAGCUGACCUGGAUGAAGCUAUUCAGUUCCAUCGAGAUGCAUUGGUGCUCUGUCCUCCAGGCCAUUCUGGUAGAUUCUCGUCUCUCAACAACCUUGCCGUCAGCCUCCGAGUCAGAGUCGAGCAGCGUGGCGUCCUAGCUGACCUGGACGAGGCCAUCGACCUCCAUCGAGCUGCAUUGGCACUUCGUUCUCCUGUCCAUUCUCAUCGGUCCCUUGCCUCUGAAUAACCUUGCUAUCACCCUUCGGGUCAGAUUCGAGCAGCAGGGCGUCCUAGCUGACCUGGAUGAGGCACAUUGAGCUCCAUCGAGAUGCACUGGCGCUCCGCGCUCUUGGCCAUCUUAAUCGAUUCUCGUCUCUGAACAGCCUUGCCAUCAGCCUUCGAGUCAGAGAUUCGAACAGCGGGGUGUCCAGGCUGACCUGGAUAAGGCCAUCGAGCUCCAUCGAGCUGCGUUGGCACUCUGUCCCCCCUGGCCAUUCUCGGCGACCAUCAUCUCUCCAAGACUUUGCUAUCAGGCCUUCGAAUCAG